CUGCGAUUCCUUUGAUCAAGUUACUGGCGGAAACAACGAAGAAAGAGUUUCAAUCGUUUGAGGAAAAAGGAAGCCCAGUUAAAAAUGAAAUGGAUCACCGACAUGAUGCGUACUUUGACUCGAACUCAUCUACCGAUAGUUAUUCCAGCAAGAUUUCGACAUUAUACCGCUGAACGUCCAUACAUAAGGCGCCACGGUUAUGUAGAUCCUGUCGAGAGAAGAGGUCUUCUGGCACACCAGGGUACUCGUAGAGUUGAAGAAAUGCCAGUAUACCGCCCAAAGGAUUGCUGGAAUUCAAAACGAGCACUCUUUGGACAGAACGAUUACAUCGACAUCCUGGGAAAUGAUAAUCUUCACCCCACAAAAAUAUUGUAUAACGUACCUUCAUGGCUAAGAGGAGUUAGCGGCAACGAGUAUCAGGUCCUCUUAAGGAAAAGGAAAAUCUGGAGCAAGGGAAUAUUCCCAAUUGCGAGGCCCACCAAAUGGAGGCAGCUGGAAAAACGAAUCGCUUACUUGUAUCGUUACCUGAACCAGAAAACGAAGACAGGAAUGUCCCCGUUUCGAUGAAAUAACUAUUAAAUACUGUACAGAGUAGACAUAAAUAAAUCAUCCCUUUUGUAGGUAACGUCGAAACUAUCACUUCCGACUGGCCAAUGUUGUGAACUCCUACAACUGUCAUAAUCAAUGCUAUUUAAAAUAGUAAACUUAUUUAUUGAUGGACGAUAACUAGCGAACAGACAUACAACGCAAUUUUACAAUGACGAGUCUCAAAGUAUUCGUAGUAUUACACGAAUACCAAUUUCUGUAAUUAUAAAAAUGUAAUGAACGGGAGUAUACACAUGGGUUCACAUAUGACCAUGCUAAGAAAGGGUGAAUUUAAUGAGGCCACGCGUACUUCGACACAGAAUGAAUAAGUACGUCAGGACUGGAAAGGCUAUAACAAACCUUUGCAAUUAAUCAGGAGUCUCAGAAAAAACAUACAUUAAAAAUAUAAAUGCGUACCAGUUAUACUGUUUCAUAUGCAACUUCGUUACAGCUUUGGUUGUAAACCAAAACUGGAAUCGUUGAACAUUUCUGCACUUAUGAAAUUUAUCGCAACAAUCUUGUAAUAGGGUCAUCGCUGUUACAGUGUCGAGGGGGUCGAUAAUUAUGCACAUGUCAAAUGGGAUGCUUUACAUAUUCAUACAGUGGGCGAUAUAUAUACAUACAUAUAAAUGUGUAUAACUGCCAAUAUGUACAUACCUACACAUAUCUGUAAACAGAAAGGAAGAUAAAUCUCCUUCAAUUUAAUAUCGAUAAUAAAAAAAGAAAUUCUAAUAACGUU